CUACUCUACAGGAUGUUCCUAUCGCCGUUGAGGAUAGCGAUCGCCCUGUCGGCGUCCUCUGACGUCAGCCCUGUCCGGGGGUCAGUCUUGACAAAGUUGGGGUCGUCGAAUGAGAAGUCGAUGUCGUCCAGGAUGACAUACCGGUCCACUGAGGGGUUGGCCUCCAGCCACCUCGAUACCUGAAUGCAGUGAGUGAGUGCACACGCAGAGAGAGCAGAGAAAGACACAGCACAGCACAGCAAGUGGUGGGUGUGGUUGACCUGACCUGUCUGGUUCUGUCUUUGUGUGUGUGUGUGUGUGUGUGUUGGCUACCUCAAGGCUUCUCUGCUCGAAUGAGAUGGAUGGCGUGGCCGAGAUCCACAUCGGGACUCCGUGGCUGAGCAGCUUGUCGCUCGCCAAAGCGCAGUUGGCCUUGUAGUUGCGCCAGCUUGAUGAAAACACUAUGUCGCACCCAGUCUCGUCAACGAUUCUCUUCAACUCCCUGUGAACAGACAACACCACACACUGUGUGUGUCUGUGUGUCGUGUACGCUCGGUACUGAACUGCAGCGUCUAUUCUACUGAGCCGCAGCGAGAAGGCCGAGCGCCCGCCCGAUGGUUGAUGGAUGCGCUGGGCGGUGGGGGCCGCAGCCCCCCUGGCUGUCUGCCUUGUGGCGCCAUCACACACCCAUACUUAGCUUGUCAUGGCUAUCGGCCGUCAGGCAGGUCGCUCGCUACCAAUGGUCCCUCCCUCCCUCCCUGUCUGUCUGUCUGUCUGUCUGUCUGUCUGGUCGUCUUACUUACCUCAUGCAAUGGGCGCGAAACAUCCGCUCGCUGAUGCCGAAAUCUGUGGCGGAGAGAGGGACACACAGCCAAGACAGAUGGAUGCAAGACCGCAGCUCUCGUGCACUGCACUGCACUGCACUGCCCGCCGUGGCUUCUCUUGUCAUAUAUGCCCGCCCGCGCCUCACCGCCUCACCUGUGUGUGGGUGCAACACGCCAUCCACGUCAAGGAACAAGAUCUUCCGCGGACUGGCCGCCUCGCCCUCGGUCUCGGUAUCAGACGAAGACAGCCUGUCGAUGCUCAUGACGUUCUGCAUCACACCAACACCCACACAAGCACACGCACACCAACAGCAUCCCUCUCUGCGGCAUGCCAUGCGCUUCGUCUUGUCUCGUUAAUUGUCACCAGCGGCGAUUCGGAAGGCUUGGAUCUUGUGCUGUCGAGGCGCCGCCGCGCGAUUGCAGCUAGAGGACUGAGGAAGGCAGGGGAGUGCGUGGCGCUUGGCGGCCCGUCAGCGCUGCCCAUCUGGUCGACGAGUCUCGAGGACGUCACUUGAGCAGCAAGAGGCAGCAAGAGCAAAGGGAGCAUCUGCCGUACAGCCAGCCUGCCGCUUCGUUCGUUCUCCUCCUCUCUC